UAUUACCUUAGUCUUAGAUUUAGGAAAUCAAAAUAGUCUGAUGCUUGAGACUAGUGGAACACAUUUAAUAGAGUUUUAAUAUCCUAGCAUAUACAUUAUCUUACUAGUGUAGAGGCGCGUUUCUUUAAUUGUAGAAAAUUGUCAACGGCAACGCACGAGUUAAUAAUAAAAAAAACGAGUUUGGUUUGUUUUUUUAUUGUUGCGUUUUAUUAACAUAUUCAUGGGUCGUCGAAAACAUGUUUGGCAUUCAAAUUUUUAUGGAAUAUUCAUAAUUGGGGAACAAAUUAGACUACAGAUGCAGCAGCAGGGUCUUAUCCGUGACAGAAGAUACCACCUUCGAAAGUUUAAAAACUGUUUUGUGGCGCGUGAUGCUAUUGAUUGGCUACUGAAAAUGUACCACGUUCAGUCUCGCGUGGAAGCUGUCAGAGCUAUGCAGAUUUUGUUGCAAAAUGGAAUGAUUCACCAUGUUGUAGAUGAUCACGAAUUUAAAGACCAGAAUCUUUUCUACAGAUUUACUUUUGACGACGACACGUAUAAACUCAACAAAGACUUAGUUAGUUUAUACAGAGGGGUCAUCUAUUACCGCAAAAUGAAGAGCGAGUCAGAAGUAUUACGAGACUUCUAUCACAAAGGUGUGCUCUAUUCGGAAGCCUUUUAUGGCAAUGACGCCGUGGACUUUAUUGUAGCCACCAAUGGGAAUGGAGACAGAGGACCAGUGGUCGCAGAUUUCAGAGACCUUCUUGAAAGGAACAUCAUCAAGCAUGUGACCGACGACUACCACUUUAGUGAUGACCGACUUAUCUACGAGUUUAGCUUGGACUUCAACAGACCAUGUCUACUGCAUGAUGUCCUGGACAUGGCGUCUGAUCACAAGAACUCCACUACCACAACUAGCAGUUCAGGAGUGGAGGAUGUAGAAGAGAGAAAUUCUAAUCCAGAUUUGGAAUCUCUUCCAGUAGACAUGAGCAGUUCCUUGACCAUAAGUCCUGCCCAACGCCCAUCAAUAGAUUCAGCUAUGUCCGGCCUAAGCAGUAGCCCUGAGAGCAAUGCUGCAGAUGGGGACUCUUUUGCAUCUCUAGGCCAAGAGCCAAAAUCAGUUCUGGUUCGGCCAGUAACUGUCAAAGAAUUGGAAAACACAUCAUCUCCGUAUGUGAAGAAAACUUUCAAGAUUCAGUGUGAUGAAAUGGGGUUUGGUUUUGUUCUGAGAGGAUCUUCUCCUUGCUAUGUCCAGACCGUCGAUCCACUUGGACCAGCAGCAGUAGCUGGCAUGAAGGUUCGACAAUUUAUUUCAACUGUUAAUGGUCAGAAUGUUCUUCGAAUGGACCAUCGUCAAGUUGGUCAACUUAUAGCUCAGCAAACACAAAUCAAUGUCACAGUUUUAGUGUACAGAAGUGAUGCCCAACGGAUGUGACAUGCAAACAAAUACAUUCUUUAUAUAGAUAUAUAUGUAUAUGUAUCUUGUGGCGUUUUAGGUACUAAACUAAGUCUUUCACGUGAUUUUUUUGUAAUGUUAGAUUUCACUCACUGAAUGCAUUUAAAAUUCCUAAACUGAAUGUCAGGAUAAAUACAGUAGAACUUGCUUACACACUAGUAGGCUACCGUCCCCUCCCUCUACGUUUUUUUUUCUUCAGAAGAUAGUUUUUAGAUAAAUUGUAUUUAGAUAUAGGUCCAGCUCAUAGACUUAUAUAGUAUAUAUAAGUCUAUGGUCCAGUUCUAUUCUAGAAUGAUUAAGUAGGCCUAAAGUUUAGAACUAAGUGUUUCAUCCUGUAAUUUGAUAGAAAGUUAGUCAAAUUCGUUUCUACAUUUUUGUAAGCUGUUAUUGAACGUGAACAUUAUUUGGGUGCCUGUAAUUGCUUUUAUUUAUUCGUGUUACAAUCUCAUAUGUAGUUUUAUGUCAUCUUCAUUUUAUUAUCCAUAAUACUCAAUUCUUUUGAAGUGUGAAUACGUUUGAUUUUAAAUACAUUUCGAACCAUU